UAGUGCCUCAAAACCUUCCAACCAACCUUCUUGCAUGUUCAACAGACGAGACGGUUUGCCUCCUCAGCUUGCGCUUCUCUAAAAGGCUUAAGAUCAGAAAGCCAAGAUCUGCCUCAUGCACCUUUUACUUCACCGCUUUCUCUGUCCCAAUUUUCAACAGCUAUAGCUAGCAUGUUCAUACUCUUCUCCUUCUUCAUCCUUUUCACCCGAUUCUCGGCUGCCAUUGCUGAAAACAAUGUCAAAGCUAUGUUCAUUUUUGGGGAUUCGCUGGUUGAUGCUGGGAACAGUGAUUUUUUGGAGACACCAUACAAAUGCAACUAUUUUCCAUAUGGGGUGGAUUUCUCCUCGGGCUCUACGGGUAGGUGCAGAAAUGGAAGAACCUCGGCGGACAUACUGGGGCAGUUGUUAGGCUUGCCUCAUUUACUGCCGGUUUUCUACGACCCUCACACCAAAGGGAGCUCCAUUCUCGCCGGAGUAAACUAUGCCUCACUUGGUGCCGGCAUCCUUGAUUCUACUCAGCAAAGUAGAGCAUAUGACUUUGGGGCCCGAAAAUUUGUGGUAUUUAAUAUCCUGCAGACAGGUUGUAAUCCAUACUAUGAAAAUCACAACAAUGGGUCAUGUGUGCACGUAUUAAACGAGGCAUCGGCUUUGUUCAACAACAAACUUGGGCCUGCACUAAAAAAUCUAAGUGAGGACUUGCCUGGGUUCGCUUUUGUCUAUAUUAACGCCUCUGGAAUCAUCAGUGAGAUGAUCAACCAUCCAACUACUUAUGGAUUGAAGGAGCUCAAUGCAAGUUGCUGCUUCUUAUCGGAAUCAUCUGAAAGGGCAUUCUGUGCUGAAGGAACUGAGCCAUGCCCAGAUAGGAGCAUCUACGCCUAUUACGAUGGCUUCCACCCCACAGAAAAGCUUUACAUGCACCUGGCAACAAAAGCAUAUUCAUCUGAGCUGCAUAGUGAAGCCUAUCCCUUCAACGUUGAAGUGCUUGCCAACCUUAACACCUCAGUGAUGCUUAGAGAGGUUUCAUCAUUACAUGUUCAUGAACACCGAGGUUCAGAACCGGAGGCGCCUUCAACUAGCAAUAAUGAACUAGCAAUUCUUGAAUUUAUUCACCUACUUGUGGAAACUAUGGACCAGCACUUUUGAAAUGUUGUAAGGUUCUAACUUUCUUCUAAUGUGUCAUGUCUAAGCAGAGAUCUCUCUGGCCCAUACUGCAAGUACUCUGAAGUUCCACUAAUUUCUUUUUGCUGUACUAUAGUGUAAACUUGCUAUUAUGUUUCACUUGGAGAAGGCUCAUUUCAUGCUUGAAGAGAUGGUUAUGAAUGGCUGCAUUGUUGAAACUAGUAAAUCAAACAUUUUGGCAUCAAUUCAACUGAUGGAUAAAGCUUCCUAGACAUUCCUUGUCAUUCGAUCAAACGUUCUUACAGGCUGUUGGAGUGUUACAUAGCAUCAACGGCAAUGUGGAUAACCUGAUCGAAGUUUUUCGGCUGUUCUGAUUAUCUGAAUCUUCUCCUUUACAAUACCUUCUGUUGCAAUUAGUGAUAAUUUGCACCGUGACCUGGAAAUGUAGUGCAAGGACGGAUGACCUUUGUGUCAUAUAUAAGAGAUCUCAUACGACUCAUAGCAUUGAUGUCAAGACAGGUGAUGGUUCAUCCAUCUUACUCGAUUGUUUUUAUCUAUCAUUGUGAUAAAUUUGUCAUCUUAA